GUCCCUUCUGCAUCGUUACUCUCUGCUCGCCCGGGAUGCAGAGCAGCGUGUGCUGGUUCAGAGACUCGACCUUGGGACUUAACCAGCACACGGCCUGCAGCCCCGGGCUCCAUAUCCUCACUUUCUCCUUCAUUCUCCAUCCUGGAUGAGCUCAAUGAUUUGCCAACCAAGGAUGUCGGACGCUCUGGCCAGGAAUGCUCCCAACACAACAUGAACCUCAGCAAAUGCGGGGCCUCACAUCGCAGGGCGCCUCUCGCUAGGGGGCCUUGGAUUUCGGUUGAAGGGGGCGCGCUGGAUCUGCCAGUGCAUCUCUUCUCACUAUCUAUCUCUCACGUUCCGCGUUACCCCCUGCUGUCCGCUGUCUUGACAUAUCGCGCCGCAUGGGGCGACCACUGGGCCUCUUAGAACCGGACGCGGCACCCCAAGUCACUCAGCCCCCUUUGGGGCGUCACCUGUUCCUCUCAAUUGGGUCGAUCACACAUCCUCAACGACGCAGCUCCCAACGAUCGACUUUCAGCGAACGGACCGGCGAGUGAAACAGGGGGCAUGGGACUGGGGAUUCGGAAGGGCGAGUGGACGCAGCGCAGGCAGAGUGGAUGCGCGCAAGUCCGCAGUGAUCAGAACAUCUCGAGCAUGCGCUCGUCCAGUGGGAAUGGGGGGCUUGUAUUUCGGAUGGAGGGGGUGGAGCGCUGGGGCAAUGCGGAUGAGCAGAAUCCGCAGAUCGUUGUUUUGAUCUCAUGCGCCAACUCGCUCACAUGUCAGCACUCAACGCGCACCGAACUUGCGCAUCUUCGCCGACACGGCAACGCCCGUUGCGUUCUCUCGGACGUCAGUGCAAUGUGCAGGAAGGGACCGACGAUUUAGAGGCCAAUCUUGCGUCCACACACGGCGCCACAAGCUCGCUUGAUCGCACCGUGCAGCAUGGAUCACGCACGGCUCGAAUAGCAACACGUGGCGCUCAACGAGCGCAAUGGGGGGUGGUAUUGGGGAGAGCGGAAGGCAGAAAUGAUUGGGAGGGGCGAAGCGCUCUGAGAACACGCAUGGGAGAGCAGUCUGCAGGCCUCGAAAUCUGACGCACGGUGACUUUUCACAUGACACAAGGAUUGGGACAUUCCCAAGUAUAUAUCAAUGGAAGUCUCAUGGGGAUGGAGAGCAGUAAACUGAAUGGGGUGUUCUGAGGAUACGGGUGCAAGGACGAGGUCCCCAGGCAAGUUCUUCCUCCUCUCUUUCCCACCGUCCGAAAAAUCGUCAUGCUGCUCUACGCAAAAACUGAAAUUGUAUCUCAUUGUACGCUACGACAUCAAAUGCCACGUGCUGCAUUUAUCAAUUCUGACCUUGCACCCAAUUCGCUCGCAUUCCGGACUCGGCAUCGUCACUUGGCUGCUGGGACACGACAUGGAGCACUGUAUUCCUCAGACAUGACCAGGAUGUGCAGACAGGGGUGCGAUGUUGGACGCGCAGCAUCACCUCAUGCAUUUAUUGUUACAAACAGUCGAAGCCCAGCUCAAACGCUCGGGGGGAUUCUAGUAGGACCAGAGAUGAGCUUGGCGGGCACAGGAAGGACAUGGAAUUGGAGCGCGGUGAGAAUGGGGAGGUGUCGCAGAAAUAUGAUGAGACUUGAUAUCUCUUUCCUUUGGGCGAGGAAAGCCAUGCGCCUACUCCGAUCAUCGUUGACGAAAGAUGGCCACGACUCGAGUGCGCAUGACUGAGAUGGCGUUCUUUUCGACGUAGUAUAUAGAUUCUGUAAUCCUUACUGGCGCUCAAAGACUGCCAAACGACGGGAUGUGGAGCAGGCCAUCGUCCGUGAGAUAAACAAGGUCGUUCGGGUGGCCCUGCGAGAACCCAUCGUCAAUCGCAGUCCAAGAAGAUAUGCAGUUCUU